UUGCAUUCUGAGAUCCAUUAUACUUCCUGUCGCUUCAGCCUUUCACAAGCGAAUGUCGCCACAUCGCCACUUCGAGACGUGCCAUCACUACCUUCUUCGUCGUCGAUUUCACAGUCAUUACUAGGUCUACGGCCGUCACCACCUUUGAAGGAUCUAUCCGGAUUGCAGCGAAACUAUCAGCCGUCGGCGCCUCGUACGCAACCGUCUUCUGGUAGCAAGAAAGGCGCUCAGCCAAGUGCUGAUGGUUUCUUCCAUUGUCGCCUGUGUGAUAAGUGUUUCGAGAAGGUCAAGGUGCUGGUAAAUGGACCCUACCACGUCAUACCUUUUUCAUUCCUUCUAUUCCAGUCACUUAACGCCCAUAUGAAGUCGCAUGCAAUGAAAGCACGAGCUGAAGCUGAAGCGAAAGCCCAAGUGGACGCUCAACUGGCUGCUCAAUCUAAUGCGAAUGGCCAUCUCAAUCUCAGUGGUUUGACAACAUCUCUACAAGGUGUUACACAACCAUUGCCAACUGUUUCGACCCAUCCAGCCAGUGGUCUCAAUUUGCAACAUGUACGGGUCAUUUUUAAUUUGUAG